AUGGAUUUGUGGAACAUGUGGAGUGCUUUUUUUUGGCGUUCGCAGCAGAGCCCGUCCACAGCGUCCGUCUGGGCGGCUGUCUCUGGAGGUGGACACGGUUCACGGAAGAGUGCGCUGGCAUCAGGACACGACAUCGUGGCGAAGCAGCGGCAUCUGUGUGGGGCCUGGACCUGGUCUCGGUUCUGCAUCUGGAGGACGUGGAUCCGUGACACUGCAGGUUUGGACAAAUAUUCUCAGAUUUUUUGUCGUGUGGCCAUGAUGGGACUGCUGCCUCAGUAUUUGGCAGACUACCUAGUGCCCAGGAGGGCUGGAGCCCAUAACCUGAGGUCUCAGAGUGUCCUGAUGCCGGCCGUCCCCAAAGUUUUAAAUCGUCACGCUCUCGCCACUUUCUCGUCCCGCUCUCGUCCCGCUCUUGUCCCGCUCUUGUCCCGCUCUUGUCUCGCUAUAGCUCCAGUCUGA